AUGUAAGCAGUAGCACAGCGUACUUACAACAGAGUACUUACUCGUAUAAUAUUAUCAUAAUUAUUAUCAUUAUUAUUAUUCGGGAGUCUAGACUUUAAAUCACAACUUUAAAACGAUCCUCGCUCGUUAAUUUUGUAAUAGUUCUGGUAGCAGGAGUUUCGGACACCUGUGAACCAAGAGUAGAAUCCCACGAGAACCCGAUUUCAUUCCCUUUAUGCCAUUAUGAAGCUGAACGUCACGUAUCCGGCCACUGGGGCUCAGAUGCUCCUUGACAUAGAAGAUGAGUUUUGCAUUCGCUUUCUGCAUGCACAGCGCGUAGGACAGGAAAUCGCCAUGGACCGUCUCGGUGAUGAAUGGAAAGGUUAUGUCUGCCGAAUCGUUCGGGGUGAUGCCGAAGAUAGUUCUCCAGUCCAGCAGCCUGUCCGAGAGCGCCAACGACUCACUCUUGAACGCAAGUGCAAAGGUGCCCAGGGCUGCACUGCUAACGGAAGUCUUAAUGUUAUGAGUCUGGUCAUAGUCAAGAAAGGUGACGGCGAUUUUCUAGGAAUCACUGACACGACAGUUCCAUGCAACCCUCUGCCAUCCAAACAGGCUGCCCGCAAUAAAAAGCGGACUAACGUGUCCAAGGAGAAGGGUGCUGCUCAGCGCGUCGUUCGUGAAAAACUGAAAAAGAAAGAAGUGACCAAAGGUGCCUCGCGGAAGCAGCGGACGACCAUGAAGCCACGUGGUUGUUCCAACUGCAAGAAAUUGGAUGACGCUGCUCGCGAUCUCCUGGCUAGCAUGAUUUCAUUGAGACGUGAAAUUGCUGAUACGAAACGUCAGAUGGAUGAGACUCACAAAAACAUGUUGGAGCUGGAACAAGAAUACCUAAUGUCAUAGUACUCUGCCGACGAUAAUAUUUCUUUUUGGCUAGUUUUUCUUAGUUAGCUCAGUGUUGUUAUUACUGUAGCAUAAUGUUGUUCUCAUUAUGUUGUUAGGUUAGUUUGACUGACUUGAGAACAGUUUAUGGGUAUGUGGUUUUCAGCCGCAUAU